AUGGGCUCGACAAGCUGGGCCUAUGUCUUUGGUGACCAGACGAGCGAGUUCGAUUCUGGACUUCGACGCCUGCUCCAUGACAAAGGCAACAGUUUUGUGACUUCUUUCUUGGAAAGAUCCAACUUUGCUCUGCGUCAUGAAGUGACACAGCUUCCACCUUCUGAUCGCCGGAAAUUCCCUCGCUUCACCAGCCUCACCAGUCUACUUUCUAGAUAUCGGGAGUCGGGUCCCAACCCUGCUCUGGAAAGUGCACUGACUACUCUACAUCAACUAGGCACCUUUAUCAGCUACUAUGGAGAUGGAGGCCAGGUGUACCCCGUAGGUUCACAAAGCCACGUCAUUGGGCUUUGUACCGGCCUGCUUGCAUCUACAGCAAUAGCGUCAUCCAGGACUAUCGGAGAGCUAAUUCCUCUUGCUGUCGAAGCCGUCGUUGUUGCUCUCAGACUUGGGUUGUGUGCCUAUAAAGUGCGCGACUACGUCGGUCAAUAUGGCGGUCAGUCUCAGAGCUGGUCUGCCGUAAUCUCCGGAGUCGGUGAAGAAAAAGCACUUGCUCUGAUUUCCGAAUUUUCCACCAGAAAAGGCCUUUCCCCGUCAUCUCGACCUUAUGUCAGCGCCGUCAGCUGCAAUGGUUUAACCAUCAGUGCACCGCCUCUUGUCCUGGAAGAGCUAAUCGACUCGGAGUUAGCCAAAAAUGUCAAACCACUCAGAGUAGCAGUUAAUGCUCCUUUCCAUGCACCUCAUCUCUAUGGGCAGCAGGAUGUAGAAUGGGCUUUAAAAACAACAAACAGCGGCUCAUUUAAAGGAUACGCGUGUCGCAUACCGGUCCUGUCAAGUACUACCGGCCGCGAAAUCGCUGCAGACAACUUUGAGGACCUGCUGAGGGUUGCUGUCGAAGAGAUUCUUCUUAAGCAGCUUCGCUGGGAUAAGGUUCUCGAUGGAUAUUCCUCCAUUGUCAAAUGUUCAUCUAUUUCUACAUGUGCGAUCUUUCCUGUCGCCACUUCGGCAUCUUCAGGCCUUGUGUCUGCAUUGAAACGUGCCGGAGUAUCGGAGGUUCGUCUGGAGAAUGCGCUUAUCGACUCUGCAAAAACCGACAAGUCCCAAAGUACAACAGGAAGGACUGAACAGUCAAAGAUCGCCAUCAUCGGUCUUUCGGGAAGAUUUCCAGAUGCACCAAGUCCCGAGCAUUUCUGGGAUAUUCUCUACCAAGGCCUCGAUGUUCAUAGAGAGGUGCCUCCUGACCGGUGGAACUGGAAAACGCACGUCGAUCUCACUGGAAAAAAGAGAAACACCAGUCAAGUGCCAUAUGGCUGUUGGAUUCCUGAGCCUGGUCUUUUCGAUCCUCGAUUCUUCAACAUGUCACCGAGAGAGGCGCUUCAGGCAGAUCCCGGCCAGCGACUGGCACUAGUCACUGCUUAUGAAGCGCUGGAGAUGGCAGGCUUUGUUCCUGACUCCACGCCUUCUACACAGAAAGAUCGCGUCGGAAUUUUCUACGGCAUGACCAGUGAUGAUUAUCGUGAAAUCAACAGCGGCCAGGACAUUGACACAUACUUUAUUCCGGGCGGCAAUCGUGCCUUUACACCGGGUCGCAUUAAUUAUCACUUCAAAUUUAGUGGACCGAGUGUCAGCGUAGAUACUGCAUGCUCAUCCAGUCUAUCUGCCAUUCAUAUGGCUUGCAAUUCGUUGUGGAAAAAUGACUGCGAUGCCGCCAUUGCUGGGGGAACUAAUGUCUUGACAAACCCUGACAACCAUGCCGGUCUAGACCGAGGCCAUUUCCUUUCACGCACAGGAAAUUGCAACACAUUUGAUGACGCAGCUGACGGCUAUUGUCGCGCGGAUGGUGUAGGAACCGUUGUCCUCAAGCGACUUGAAGAUGCGAUUGCAGACAACGACCCAAUUCAGGCUGUCAUUGCAGGAGCCUAUACAAAUCAUUCCGCCGAGGCUGUUUCAAUGACGCGUCCUCAUUCUGGUGCCCAGGCAUUCAUCUUUGACAAACUUCUUAACGAAGCUGGUGUCCAGCCCAACGACGUCAGCUACAUUGAGAUGCAUGGCACUGGCACACAGGCUGGCGAUGCAGUCGAGAUGACAUCAGUUCUUGACACCUUUGCUCCUGAUCAUGGCCGAAAGCCCGAGCAAACUCUCCAUCUCGGAUCAGCAAAGUCUAACAUCGGCCAUGGAGAAUCAGCAUCGGGCGUUGCAGCUUUGAUUAAAGUGUUGAUGAUGAUGCGCAAAAGCACGAUUCCUCCACACUGUGGCAUCAAAACUAAGAUCAACCAUAACUUCCCUACUGAUCUCAAGGAGCGUAACGUCCACAUUGCUUUCAAACCUACUCCUUGGGUAAAACCAGAGUCAGGACUGCGCAGAUGCUUCAUCAAUAACUUCAGUGCAGCCGGUGGCAACACUGCCUUGCUUGUGGAAGAUUCGCCAGAUCGUCUUGCUGAUUCUGUUGUUAAUGAUCCGCGCUCAACAUACUCAGUUGCAGUAUCGGCCAGAUGUCAAGCCUCGCUUAAAAACAACAUAAACAACCUAGUCGAUUGGAUCAGCAAACACUCUUCCGAUAUGAAAGAGAAAGAGUUCUUGGCCAAGCUGUCCUAUACUACUACUGCCCGACGCAUCCACCAUCCUUUCCGUGUCAUCGUCUCUGGCACCAAGGUUCCCGAAGUGCAGGAGGCUCUCCGCGCAUCAGCUAGCAGGGAAUCCAUUAGCCCGGCUCCAUCUGUUGCACCAAGUGUCGGGUUUGUCUUCACCGGACAAGGAGCACAAUACGCUGGCAUGGGAAAGCAAUUCCUUGAGAGCUUCUCACAAUUCCGCUCUGAUGUUCUACGUUUCAACGGAAUUGCCCAAAGUCAAGGAUUUCCUUCUUUCCUUCCAUUGAUCGAUGGCAGUGUGUCUAUUGAAGAGUUGAACCCUGUGAUUACGCAGCUAGGAACAACUUGUAUGCAAAUGGCAUUAGCAAAUCUGUGGGUAUCAUGGGAUGCUCGUCCUACAUUUGUCAUGGGCCACAGCCUCGGAGAGUAUGCUGCUCUUUAUGUCUCCGGAGCAUUGACGGCUUUCGACACCAUUUACCUAUGCGGUCGUCGUGCCCAGCUUCUGGAAGAAAAGUGUAAGGUCGGCACUCACGCAAUGCUGGCAGUGAGGUCUGCCUUGAGUGAGAUUACACCUUUCAUUAAUCCCGGAGUCCACGAAGUCGCUUGUAUCAAUGCUCCUGGCGAGACCGUUAUUAGUGCUACGUCCCAGAACAUUGAUGCUCUAUCUGAACAGCUUGUUGCUGCAGGUAUCAAGGCUACCAAACUGAAGGUACCUUUUGCAUUCCACUCUUCUCAGGUUGAGCCAAUUCUGGAGGAGCUCAUCAACGCCGCCAAGGGAGUUAAGUUCCACAAGCCCUCAAUUCCUCUUGUAUCUCCUCUUCUAGGAGAAGUUAUCAACGAGAAGAAUUAUGAGCAGCUUGGUGGUAAAUAUCUCAGUCGCCAUUGCAGAGAAACAGUCAACUUCCUCGCAGCUAUUGAAGCCUCCCGACACGCUAAGCUCAUGACUGAUAAGACAGUGUGGAUUGAGAUUGGCUCUCACACAAUCUGCUCUGGCAUGAUCAAGUCUACUCUUGGUCCUCAAGCAAACACGGUCGCUUCGCUACGCAGAAACGAAGACUCGUGGAAAGUUCUCUCUCAGAGUCUGUCGGCUGUAUACCUCGCUGGAAUUAACAUCCAGUGGAAGGAGUAUCACCAGGAUUUCAAGUCAAGCCAUGAAGUUCUCCAUCUACCUGCCUACAGCUGGGACAAUAAGAACUACUGGCUAUAUUACAAGAACGACUUCUGUUUGACUAAGGGCGGUGACCCAGUACCUCAAGUUUCUAACAACACUGCGCCUUCUCGUCUCACAAUAUCGGCGCAGAAGGUUGUUGAAAGCAUUGGCGACGCGACGAAAGCGACUGUCAUUACCGAAACUGACAUUUCCGAUCCGCUUUUGUGCCCUGUUAUUCAGGGCCACAAGGUCAACGGAAUUCCUCUUUGCCCCUCCUCUUUAUAUGCCGAUGUUGCUCAAACAUUGGCAGAGUACUUGAUUGACAACUUCAAACCUGAACUUAAAGGAGUUGGUCUGGAUGUGGCUGACAUGGCUGUUCCAAAGCCUCUGAUCUACAAGAACGCCGGACCUCAGCCCUUCCGAGCAGCUGCCACUGCUGAUUGGGAUGCCCGACAGGUAUCCAUGCAAAUAUACUCGGUCUCACCUGAAGGCAAGAAGAUGACGGACCACGCAAGUUGCAUCAUCAAGUUCUUCGAUACGGAAGCUGCGCGGGAGGAGUGGAAGCGUAAUGCAUACCUCAUUCGCCGAAGCGUUGAUAGGCUGUUCGAAAGUGCGGCCAACGGUGACAGCAACAAGCUUGGUCCUGGGAUGGUCUACAAGUUAUUUGGAGCACUUGUUGACUAUGACAAGAACUACAAAUCGAUGCGAGAAGUUAUCUUGGAUAGCGAGCAAUAUGAGGCAACUGCUCUAGUCAAAUUCCAGGCUGAAGCAGCCAACUUCCACCGCAACCCUUUCUGGAUUGAUAGUAUUGGACACAUCACCGGAUUCACCAUGAAUGCAAACGAUGCCACUGAUUCGGUCAACUAUGUCUAUGUCAACCAUGGCUGGGAUUCAAUGCGUUGCGCUACGAAAUUCUCAGCUGAAUCAACGUACCGCACUUAUGUAAGAAUGCAGCCAUGGCAAGGUACAAUCUAUGCCGGUGAUGUCUAUGUGUUUGAAAAAGAUGAGAUCAUAGCUGUAUAUGGAGGUGUCAAGUUUCAAGGAGUGCCGCGCAAGAUCCUCAAUAGUGUCCUGCCACCACCAGGCGGAGCACAGGCGACGAAGCCGGUGGCCAAGGGUCCUGUUCCUGCUGCUGUCGCUGUACCAAAGACGAAGCCUAUCGCAAAGGCAGUCAAGCCUACUGCACCAAAGACUGCUGGGCCCAGUGUUCUUGUCCAAGCUUUCAAGAUACUGGCUGGCGAGGKUGGCUUGCCUGAAGCAGAACUAUCCGACGACCUUGUCUUUUCGGACUACGGAGUCGACUCUCUUCUGGCCUUGACCAUUACUGGUAAAUUCCGCGAAGAGCUUAACCUUGACUUUGAGUCUAGUAUCUUCAUGGACUAUCCAACUGUGAAAGACUUUAAGGCUCUCUUGAUGCAGUCCGCAACGCCGAUGGAUAGCUGUGAUGACUCUUCAGAAGCAUCUGUCUUUGACGAUUUCUCGGCUUCGGGGCCGCCUACACCUGGUACUCCUGGAGACUUUAUUCCACCCAUGAAGGCCGCGCCUACUGCAGGAGAAGACAAGACUCUAGCUACAAUUCGCCAAAUUCUCAUUGAUGAGAUUGGUGUGUCUGCAGAUGAGCUGAGUGAAGAAGCAAACCUUGCUGAAAUGGGUAUGGAUUCAUUGCUCUCCUUGACUGUACUUGGAAGACUACGUGAAGAUUUGGGUCUGGAUUUACCGUCCGAAUUCUUUAUCGAGAAUCCUACUAUGGGGCAAGUCGAAGAAGCUCUUGACUUGAAACCAAAAGCUCCCGUACGACAGCCGGAGUCAGCCAUUUUGUCUACCCCGGCACCUCUGCUGGAGCCGGAGAAUUUGUCUUUGAAGCUCAAACAUCCCCCAGCCACAUCUAUCCUGCUACAGGGAAGCCCCAAGACGGCCACACAUACACUAUUCCUCUUCCCUGAUGGCUCUGGCUCUUCAACCUCGUAUGCAACACUACCCAAAAUCUCGCCAGAUGUCUGUGUCUAUGGGUUGAACUGUCCUUACAUGAAGACUCCGGAGAAACUCAACUGCGCUCUUCAGGAUCUCACUGCUUCAUACGUGGCUGAGAUUCGUCGUCGUCAACCAAAGGGCCCUUACAAUGUUGGUGGAUGGUCCGCUGGAGGAAUUUGCGCGUACGAUGCAGUUCGUCAACUUGUCAUCGAACAGGGAGAGACAGUUGAGAGAAUCUUCUUUCUCGACUCACCGUUCCCCAUUGGCCUUGAGAAAUUGCCACCUAGACUCUACAAGUUCUUUGACGACAUGAAGAUCUUCGGUGAUGGCAAGACACCCCCACCAAAAUGGCUUUUGCCACAUUUCCUCGCUUUCAUUGAUGCGCUAGACAUGUACAAGGCCAUCCCAUUCCCGAGCAAUGACCCCAAGUACGAAAGCCGCCUCCCCAAGGCCUAUCUCAUCUGGGCCAAGGACGGAGUGUGCGGUAAGCCAGGAGAUCCUCGUCCAGCACCGCCCGAAGAUGGAAGUCGGGAUCCCAGGGAAAUGCUUUGGCUCCUAAAUGAUCGUACAGACUUUGGUCCUAACGGCUGGGAUACAUUGGUCGGUAAGAACAAGGUCGCUUUAAUUGAGGCUUUGCAUGAAGCAAACCACUUCACGAUGAUGGAUGGUGCCAAAGCGAGUGGAUUGUCCAGCUUCAUCAAAAAAGCUUUCUGA